UGUGCCAGUCGUGAGCGCGAUUCCGUCGCGCCGCGUACUUAAGGAGCCGCGUGCGGCGAAGAAGCGGCGGAACGGAGGGUGGAAAAGAGUGAGGGAGCAAGGGGAGGGAGCCCCCGAAAAAGAAGAAAGGAUUCUCUCCCGUCGAGGGGAUUGUCGCGUCGGGACUCAACGCUCAGUCCGUCCACGUCCGCUGUCGAAGAGACGACCGGAAGACCGGUCUUCCCGCGCGAUUGCCUCUUCCUGCCUCCGAGGAGAACGACUAGAAUCGAAACGGAACUUCUUCCUCUUCGUCGAGCUAAGAAACGCGUCUUCCGCGUGUGCGGAAUCCUCGAAGAUCUCAAUCAUCUCGCGAGUCUAGAUUGAUUGCAAACGUUGAAUGAAUCUGUGCAUAGUUUUUGACUCGAUUAUUUUCAAGGAGAUCAAAUUGUCGAAGAGAAACAUCCCCCUUGGGAGAAUUCGAGGAAUGUGUAAAAAAAAUAACGUUUCGUGGAGAGGACAAUCGAUAUCGAUUGACGGAUAAUCGACGGCCGUUCGCAUGCUCCUGGCAUUCGCGAGUACGGAAAAAGAAGAGGAAACAAGUGGUUGCGGUUUAAAAGGGCCUUUUAUCUCGGAGAAGCGCCGAUCUCACACGUACGUUACGCUCACAUCCUCGUUAUCCCCUCUACGAGGUGUUGCAUGUUGCUUGCGGCGGAGAUCUGGCAGCUUUGUAAAAGGCUUAUCAUAUGGGGAGGAAAAGAGCGAAGAAACAUUAGAGCGUGGCGCGCGAGACGAGAUCGCAAUGAAAGUCAAUAAACCGUGAUGAGUAACGGAGAGUAUAGUGGUCGGAGUGGCAUUAAUAAAUUAGUGUCUACUUGCUGCUACAAGCAACAGCAGCGGCAGCAGUAGCAGGAGUCGGAGGAGGAAGAGGACGCGAAGAGGAAGAGGAGGAGGAGGAGGUGGAGGAGGAGGCGGUGGAGGAGGCGCGGACCUCGAGUGCGUGCGUUGUGCGUGCGGUGUGUGUACGCGGGUGUGCGCGUGCGAAUACGUGUGACCGGCAGCCGUGUCGAUGCGGGGAUUUGGCCAGUGUGUCAGUGUGAAAGAAGACAAUUGACUCGCCGUCCGUCGGACGGUACUCGGCUCGGCAGGGGGGCCUUCUGACGUCACAUCCGGGCUGUACAAGCCGCGAUCUCAUCUGGACCACGGGCGCACGAAGCGAAUGAAGAACGAUGACCUACCGCGACAAGAGGAUCCUCGGGAUCCUUGUCUUGCUCAAUGUAAUAAUAAAAAUUUUGGCAAACCAGACGGAUUCGUCAAAAACAGAUAUGGUAGAGGGAACAGAAGAUUUCACUACGAUCAAAAAAGUCCUGCCGGACAGGUGUCUAGCCAAAAUAGAACAGGGACCUUGUACGCAGUUUGUUCAUAAAUGGUACUUCAAUAAGACCGAAGGGAAAUGUCGAACGUUUCCUUACGGCGGUUGCAAAGGAAAUGAUAAUCGAUAUAACUCGGAAGACGAGUGUCUUUAUUACUGCGUCGGUGGUGCUGAUCAUACCCUACCGCCUUAUCUCGUGACAAAAGGUAGUGUAUUUGUUACAACGAGCGGUACAACAACAACAAAUAGUCCACUCCCGACGACUUCUAGUACACCACGACCGACUUUUACACCUCCGAAACCGACGAAACCACCGGUACCGAAACACAAACGAGGAAAGGAAUUAACUUUCAUGGAAUCUGGCCACGAGAAGACAUUCAUGUUUGCGCAAAGUAAUACUUUUAUUCAGCUCGACGGUUCUGGUAUCACAACUUUUCAAUUGAGAUUAUGCCGCGAGAUAUCCUUCAAGUUUCGCACCAAGCUUCCGCACGGUUUGCUAGUUUAUCACAGCGUCAAAAAUCGACCAGAAGGCCUCGACCCUUACGCACUUUAUGUGAUAGUGGAAAAGGGUCAAUUGAAAGUAGUUCAUGUGUUCGGCAAACAAUCGACCAGCCUAACUGUCGGCGAAGGUCUUAACAGAGACGAAUGGCAUAGCGUUCUCGUGAGAAUCGAUGUGCACGGAGCAAAAUUAAUCGCUAGAGUCGAUGAUAAGAAGGCCGACACUACUCUAAAAGUUCUCGAACGUGUUGUUAAUUACGGGGUAUCCGAAGAUUUGGCCUCGGUCGUUUUAAUCGGAGGAUUGAGCUCUGAAGAACGAUUACACGGAGUGAAAUAUAUAAUAGAGUCGUUUGUCGGUUGCAUCAGGGAUAUGGUUUUGAGUUCCGGAAAAUCCGCCAGCGAUUUGCUACCUAUUCGACCGCUGAUCGCGACUAAGCACGAGAACGUUAAGGAAGGCUGUAUAGAUAAAUGCAGGACACGAGAGAACUUGUGCUUCGUCCCCCAUCAAUGUGUGAAUCAUUACAAUAGUCUGACAUGCGAUUGUUUUGGAACAAAGUACGAGGGUGAACGUUGCGAUGUAUAUACUGCGACGAUACUGACACUAAGAGGUUCCUCGUACGUAUCUUUCCGUGUGUACGAUUGGAAGGAUCGUGUUCAUUCGUCUGUCAACAGGAUCAGCCUCGCUUUUAAGACAAAAUGGGAUGAUUCUGCCUUGUUUUAUGCUUCCGGUGAGAUCGAUGGCACACCGCAUUACAUUGCAGCUUCCAUUAUAAACGGAUCGGUCUACGUUGAACUCGAUUUCGGACACAAUUCAAAAAUCUCCACUAUGUUAGGCGAUUACGUCACGUCUGACCAUUGGAACAAUUUGAUUAUAUCCCAUAAUGGAUCUCUCGUCUUCGUCAGCUUAGACGACGAGAAGAAGGUACUAGAAGUACCGGGAGAAAAUUACAAUAUGAUUAUUGAUCCGGAGAUAUACAUCGGUGGCGGUCCGGAGCUUCACAAAAAGAAAGGUCUUCUGUCACAUAAUAAUUUUGCAGGUUCCUUGAAGUAUGUAUUCUUCAACGAUAAGUCGAUUAUAUAUGAACUGAAGCGCUCUAAUCCUAUGGUACACUAUAUCGGCGUCUUGGAACCCGAAUAUUAUGAAGCCGAUGUCGAAGUUAUCCCCAUCACGUAUCCUUUUGCGGAAAGUCAUAUCUGGUGGCCCAUCGAACGAACUGAUUCGCUGAAGUUAAAUUUUGACUUCAAAAGUUCAAAGCCAAUCGCAGUCGUUGCAUCGGGGGAUAUAAAGAGCAGUCGCGGUGUUGGUUACUGGGAGCUACGUCAAGUCAACGAUGAAAUUCGUUUCCAAUUGAUACCGGUUAUAACGGAGAAUAUUACGGUGAUAACUUCGGUAAAGUUUCCGCCUUACAAUACUUCUUGGCACGCGGUCGAACUUAAUUACACAAAAGGCGACCUCAACAUCCUGCUCGAUUACAAAAAUAAGCAGAGCAAAUUCUUUGCUUUGACAUUCGAGUUGGGUGAAAAAGUUAUUAUAGGAAGUGGUAUUAUAGGAAGUAAAAGCAAUGCGGGUUUAGUAGGAUGUAUGCGCGAGAUACAAGUGAAUAAUCAAAGAAUCGAACCUAGAUACGUGAUUAACACUGAGAGAGUAAUCGGAGAAGUCGCUUUAGACAAUUGUCAAUUUGUGGAUCCGUGUAAGAGACCAAACACUUGCGAACAUGGCGGUAAAUGCUCAGUCAAAGAAGAUAGGAUCACGUGUGAUUGCACAGAUACUGGAUAUAUCGGAAAAAACUGUCAUUUUGCAACAUAUAGAAAAACCUGUGAAGAAUUGGCUCUAUUGGGAUUCACUCAGGAUGAUGUUUACAAAAUUGACAUUGAUGGAAAUGGCCGAUUUCCGCCCGCUUCAGUAAAAUGCGAAUUUCAAUCGAUCGAGGAUUCAACCAAGACGAUCGUCGAACACAAUUUACCCUCCCAAGUGGAUGUCAGAUCUAUCAGCGAGAACGACUUUUCUUUCAAUAUCAAGUACAGGCAGUUCACCGCUGAGAUGCUUCAAGAGCUAAUCUCACAUUCGCUUUAUUGUAGCCAAUAUGUAAAGUAUGACUGUUAUAAAGCACCCUUGGAGCUACACAGUGCCACGUGGUUUCUUGGCUCGAAAGGCACUACUGUCGAUUACAUCGGAAAUGUCAAUCGCGGAUCAUGUCCUUGCGGAAUGAACAGAACAUGCGUGAACUCCAAUUUGAGCUGUAAUUGCGAUGUAUCCGCCGGAAAUGCGGGAAAAUGGCUAUCAGAUGAAGGAUACUACGAAACACCUGAUUCUUUAGGCAUCACAGGGCUGAUAUUCUUACAACAAAAAGAUCUCGAAGAAGAUGCUCAAGGACGUAUCACUUUAGGACCAUUAGAAUGCGUUGAGACAAAUACACAAAAAUACGUCGUAACAUUCACGACAUCGCAAUCGUACAUCGAAGUACCGGGUUGGAGAAAGGGUGAUAUAGCCUUCAGUUUUCGAACAACGGGCGAAAAAGCUAUUCUUCUAUAUCAGCCGCCAAUCCGGAACAACUAUCCUUCCUUCAUGGUCGCGUUAACAUCCGAGUAUCAGUUGACGUUCAAUUUCACCUUAAACACCGGCACUAUUCGCGAGUUAGAAGUAAGAAGCCGACGCAAACUCAACAAUGGCGAAUGGCAAAAGAUAUGGAUCGACUAUAACGACUAUCAUGUGAGAUUCAUGAUCAACACCGACUUUCAAAUGGUGGAUUUAUUGUCCGAGGAAGAAUUCGGGCCCUUUGAAGGAUCAAUGUUCAUCGGUGGUGCUACUGCAGAGCAUUUGAAAACUUCUUCCGUUCGACAAGGUCUCAUCGGCUGCUUUCGCGGUCUCGUUGUCAACGGAGAGAUAUUAGAUAUCCAUAGUUACAUGUCUGUACAUCUAUCGGAAAUUAUUAAGGAUUGCAAGCCUUCCUGUCAACCUAAUAAAUGUCAGAACGGUGCCAGAUGCGUCGAGCUGUGGAGCAAUUUCGAAUGUGUAUGCGAAAAUCGAUGGGCGCAUUUAGGCACUUUUUGCGAGACAAACAUUAAUAACAAAGCCCUUACAUUCACUUCGCCUGGAGUGUUCCUGAAGAAGAACUACUUCGAAUCGGACAAUAAUGAGGAGAAAUUGCAGCUGAAGAGCAUGCUACAAGAGAAUAUUCUGAUUAAUUUAAGAACUUACGAUACACACUCUCUGAUACUUUAUGCGAACGAUCAUUUAAACAACUUCGUGCAUCUUUACAUUUCGAACGGCACUAAUAUCGUCUAUCUUUUCAACGCUGGCAAUGAGAUCAAGAACAUCACCGUAUCAAAUCCAAACGUCAACACAGGAAUCUCUGUGCAAAUCGCUAUUAUUCGAGGCGAAAAUUGGACUACGCUGCAUGUGAAUGAAUAUAAUGUCACACUGAACGCGGUACCUAUACUUCUGGAUACAUAUUCGAAUAAACCAUGGACAAAUCCGGAGAAAGAAGUUUUAGCACCGCAGCGGCCGCCAGCGCCUCCAACCGAUUAUUUCCAAGUAAAUUUAGGAGGUUUUGAUUCCAACUUGCUCAGAGUCGGACAAGAAGGUGCCCUAAUUCAAGGUUACGUUGGUUGUUUGCGAGGACUCAUGAUUGGCAAAUAUCUGGUCGACUUGCCAAAUUUAGCUAACGAAGCAAAUCAUGAAGGCAAAGGCGUUCUACCAAAUUGUCAAAUGAAGUGCGAUGCAAUGCCUUGUAAAAAUUUGGGAAUCUGCACAGAAGAUUUCAACAGGCAAGAAUCUUCUUGCAAUUGCGAAUUGACGUCUUACUUUGGCGAGUAUUGCGCUGAUGAAAAGGGCGCUGAUUUCAGCGGGGAAAGUGUACUUCAACGAGAAUUUGAACUCGAGGGCGAAGUAAAUCAGGUGAAGGUUCAAUUAGCAUUCUCGACAAGCGAAUUACGACAGCGAACUACUGCGUUGCUGCUAGUGCAGACCGACAAUAAAAGAAGCUACUACUUAUUAGUGGCUUUAACGUCUGAGGGGCAGCUUAUUUUCGAAGAGGACAGAGAUGGCUCGGCGGCUUACGGAGUGCGUCUGAACGAUCGAAAUUUCCUGAACGGUGCACGUCACAGUGUUUAUUAUGUUCGCGAUAACACCACUGCCACUCUCUUGAUUGACCGCCAACCCGCCCAAUUGAUACCACUUCCGGGACUACCAAUUCGAGUAGAUGAGGACGAAACUCCUGGUGCAACAGAGAUUCAACUUGGUGGAUUAAACACUACCGAUUCGCGAUUUAUCGCUUACAAAGGUUACACCGGCUGUCUCAGCAAUGUUGUGAUAUCAAUCAACGGCGGUCCCGGCAUGAAACCGUUAGAAGAAUAUAUGCUUUUUACAAAGCAAGCUAGCGAGACUGUUCGGGCAACGAUACCCGCUGGUGUUAGAAGCGCUCAAUGCGCGGUCUUUCAUAUUCAACCUGGUGGUCUUGAACCGCCCAGAAACGUGCCUAAUGAAGGCGGUGAUCGAGAAUGGGUUGAGGAUCCGCCCGAGAAAAUACCGUACAAGUCGCAGUAUUCGAGCACGACUCAGGAAGAGCAAGGUGCGGGAACAUACAUUUUCAUAGCUCUGUGUUGUGUUUUUGUGGUUGUGGUGACUGGGUGUAUUUACGAAGUGUGGCGAAGUGCUCGCAAGGAUCGUCAACGACGUCACAGAGCGGCCUCAGGAGCGGCAGCGACCGCAGCUUCCGGUUCGCAGCGUUGGCAGCCACCACAAUAUACGGAAUCUUUAGUGACCACGACCGGCGUGAAAGCGGUCGGUUUCAAAAACGUGAUGGACGACGAUAAGAGGCCGAAUGGCACGCAUGUGAAAGCGCUAGGUGCCAAGGAAUAUAAACCACUGCCGAAUACGGAACCCAAGGAUUUGAUAAACGAUAAGAACGAUAAGAAGGUUCACAUAAAAGCAGACGAAGAAUCAGAGAAAAAGGAGCUCCUAGGGGUAAAUACAGGCAUCAUGACUAAACCUGCGAAACUGAACCCAUUUUCAAUGGAAGAUCUAAGAGAAGAACCUGAACUGGAAGAACGCGAGGAGAAAGAAGAGGAAGAAGAGGAGGAAGAAGAUGUCCAAGAGCAAGGGACGGACAAGAACAAGGAUCAAUCACAGAAACAGCAACAAGAGGAACAGGAAAAGAACGAGAAAAAUGAUCAAGAUAACGAGCCCCUCGUCAGGCCGGCAUCUACAAACGGAGACAUUGGGCGACAAUUAAAAACACAAGGAAAUCCCCGCUUAGCACCAGACAAUCCGAUAUUCUUCAAUAUGCCUACCAUCUUCUUGCCGGAUGGCCAACGGACUUUCAGCAAUCCAUUGAGUUAUCUCGGUGGUCCGAUAUUACCAUUGAGGAAUAGAUCUAUCGAAUCAGUGCUAUCUCUGGAUUAAUCGUGGAUUAUCUGUACUUUGUUUUAAGGAAUCAUUGUGAGUGUGGAAAGAAACAAUGAAUCGCAUUCCCUGACCGUGAAUGGAAAGUCUCAAACGUGUUGAGUGUUAAAUUGAUAAAUAUUAUAACAAAUUCAUAAACAUAUCAUAUAAACUAGAUUAUCCAAAAAAUACAAUUUAAAACGCGUUAAAAACGUUUGCAAAAUUAAAAUAUACAUUUUUUCUGUUUUGAAAAAACUGAGUUAAUUGUUUAAAGCUUAUAAUUGCUGUAAAGAAAUACAUAAAAUAUUCUUUUCUUUCUUUCAGAUACAUGGACUUAAUUAAUGUUAAAAAAGUUUUAAAAAAUUUUGAUAUGCAUUUAGCACAUUUGAUAUUUUCCAGUUACAAUUCACCUUUCAUUAUCACAGAGUCAUCCGCUCGAAAGGCUCGUGUUAAUAGCUCACAACGAGCUAUAAGCUAAAUAGUUUCAUCAAGAAAGGUUUGCUCGGACCAACAAAUUCGCGACUGACGAAUUUUACACGCCACAAGACAUUAUAGUUGCUGAUAAUGAUUUAAAAAGUGAUAACGAGCUUAAUGUGGUAAUUAAUAAUAAACUCGAUACAUUUUCUCGCAGCUAAUAAGAAACUGUUGUGCUCAAAUAUAUUUCGUUUCAAUAUAAGAAAUGCUUAUAAAAAAAUCUUUGUAAAAGUUCUCCCUGCAAGUUUCUUUUCCUUUUAUUGCACACCAAAACUGAAACUUUCUUUAAUCUUAAAGAAUAUCAACAAUAUAUAAAACAAUCUAUUUUUUUUUGUCUCCUCAAGAAUCGUUCUAUCAAAAUUUAAUAGAAAAAUAGUAAAUAGUAAUUUCAAACUAAGUCAUGACUCAUAUUCCUCAUCCUAGUCAAAGUUAAUUAAUUUUCUGUAUUAUAUCGCGAUGAACAAAUAUUCGUAAUUUAUCGCAUAUGACUGCCUUGUAUGUAUAAUAAUAUAAAAGCAGAAUAUAAAUGCAUCAUUACGAUAAGAAAAGGACCAGAGUAGAGUAUGCAAUGUUUAAUAAUUGAUUACAUGAAUAAAAAAAA